AUGCCUUUAGAGGUCAGAACAAUAUUGCGUACACCAUUCUACGAUGAUGUGCCACGUGCCUUCGUACGCAGCGGUGCGAAUAUCAGCGAUUCUACGCUCUUCGGACCGUACGCGCAGACUAUCUGGAAUUUUGCCAAUCGGCAUCACAUGUUCUUGGAAAUCAAUCGUGAUUUAAGUGAAAACUACUCGGAGACCUACGAACGCAUACAUAACGGCGAGUAUAACCUAGCGAUGAAUGGCGCAACGCUGGUCAAUCAUUUGAAGUUUAAUGUACAAUUUAGUUAUCCACUUUAUUGGGUGAAGAACUGUAUUAUGGUGCCGCUGGAGGAUGAGUUGCCCAAGUAUUGGUACAUCGUAUGGCCUUUCGGACGCUACAUCUAUUCGUGUCUACUUUUUGGCAUCUUCUACAUAGCCAUACUUAUGCGUUACAUCGAAUAUCCGACCAAUGCCACGAAGCCGACGCGUUCAAUCACACGUAAUAUACUGCACAGCAGCGCGAUCAUCAUGUUUAGCUCGAAUAUGAAUGUACAGCUGAAGAAUGCACACAUACGUGUAGUCUUCUUCUAUAUGUUACUCUUCGUAUUCGGCUUUAUAUUGGCCGCCUAUCAUGCGCCCUACUUAACCGCCUACAAUAUGAAGCCCGUCUUUGUGCCGCCCAUCAAUACGGUUAACGACCUACUGAACGCUAAUAUUAACGUGCUGAUCACAUUGAGCGACUUUGCGGAGAUUAAGCAUAGUAGUGAGUUUCAAGAUGUCUUAGACAAAUUGAAUCGCAAUUACGCCUAUGUGGUAACAGAGGAUCAAUGGAAUUUUCUAAAUCGCCAACAACGCAUACUCAUACAGCCAUAUUUUCAUCUCUCAAAGAUCUGUUUCGGCACUGUCUUCAAGGCUAUACCAAUGCAACGCGAUGCCGUUUGGUUUGAGACGCUCAAUUUAUUCAUUUUGAUUGUACGCGAGUCGGGUCUUUGGGGUCAAUGGGAGGAGCGCGCAUUCAAUGAAGCUGUACGUGCUAAGUAUGCACAAAUAUUUACCGACACCUAUCCGGUAGAAUCUUUAAAUUUGCGUUUCUUUACAAUUGCGUGGAUCGUCUUGGCGUCCGGUCUGCUCUUAAGCUCAUUUGUAUUCGCCAUUGAAUAUUAUGUCCAUAAACAUUACAGCGUCAAACCGGUGGAAUAUCAACGCUUCGUGUAUUAG